CAGACACACACACACACACACACACACACUGCACUGCUAACAUGCACACACCACACACACACAUACACACAACAGCACGGCAUGCAAGCAGAAGCACACUACAGUUUGGAGUGCGAACAGCAGAUGCAGAUCAGAGAAGCUGGGUGUGCCUCGCCUUUAGAGACACUCAGAGGAAAAUGUGUCUUGAUAGGCUCCUCAUCUUCAUGCUCUCAGUUGGUCUUUGCUCAGCCCAAGAUCAUAGACACGUUACACCACAACAGGAUGUGACCGGAGUGACCCCAAGCCUGUCUUUGGAACCAGUGACUGUCUAUGAAUCCAAGCCCAAGCCCCAGUUGAGCCGGGAUCCAGGUUUUGAGGUGAUUUAUGUUGGAGAGUCCGUCACCUUCACCUGUAAAGUGGAUGUCUCCACUGGCUGGGAAUAUCUGUGGUACAAAGACUCCCAGGGAACACCACUGCCCAUCUCAGACACCAGUCAGAGCAGUAACACCAUCAAGACUGAACCGAGUCAUGCUGGAACAUACUGGUGCAGAGUCAGAAGAGGCAGCCAUCAGUUUCACUCAGAAUACAGUGUUGACAUCCCUCUGAAAACGCAAGCUGUCCCAGUCCCAUCCCUGAAGCUGCUGUCUGGAUGGCGGGAUGUGUUCCCCUCUGAGAGAGUGGAGCUGAAAUGUGGGGUUCAGGACAGCUCUGACUGGACAUAUACAUGGACCAGAGGAGGACAGAAGGUUGGACCAGACCAGACUGUCUCCAUCAACUCAGAGGGAGCUUCUCUCUCCAUCGUCUCUGCUGAACAGAAACACUCUGGAGAGUACAGCUGUUUGGGACAACACAAGACCAGGCCUGUGACCACUGAAUCCAGCACAUCAGUCUCUCUGACUGUAUAUGCAUCCAAGCCCAAGCCCCAGUUGACCCAGGAUCCAGGUUUUGAGGUGAUGUAUGUUGGAGAGUCGGUCACCUUCACCUGUAAAGUGGAUGUCUCCACUGGCUGGGAAUAUCUGUGGUACAAAGACUCCCAGGGAACACCACUGCCCAUCUCAGACACCAGUCAGAGCAGUUACACCAUCAAGACUGAACCGAGUCAUGCUGGAACAUACUGGUGCAGAGUCAGAAGAGGCAGCCAUCAGUUUCACUCAGAAUACAGUGUUGACAUCCUUCUGAAAACGCAAGCUGUCCCAGUCCCAUCCCUGAAUCUGCUGUCUGGAUGGCGGGAUGUGUUCCCCUCUGAGAGAGUGGAGCUGAAAUGUGGGGUUCAGGACAGCUCUGACUGGACAUAUACAUGGACCAGAGGAGGACAGAAGGUUGGACCAGACCAGACUGUCUCCAUCAACUCAGAGGGAGCUUCUCUCUCCAUCGUCUCUGCUGAACAGAAACACUCUGGAGAGUACAGCUGUUUGGGACAACACAAGACCAGGCCUGUGACCACUGAAUCCAGCACAUCAGUCUCUCUGACUGUGUAUGCAUCCAAGCCCAAGCCCCAGUUGAGCCAGGAUCCAGGUUUUGAGGUGAUGUAUGUUGGAGAGUCGGUCACCUUCACCUGUAAAGUGGAUGUCUCCACUGGCUGGGAAUAUCUGUGGUACAAAGACUCCCAAAGAACACCACUGCCCAUCUCAGACACCAGUCAGAGCAGUUACACCAUCAAGACUGAACUGGGGGAUGCUGGAACAUACUGGUGCAGAGUCAGAAGAGGCAGCCAUCAGUUUCACUCAGAAUACAGUGUUGACAUCCUUCUGAAAACACAAUCUGUCCCAGUCCCAUCCCUGAAGCUGCUGUCUGGAUGGCAGGAUGUGUUCCCCUCUGAGAGAGUGGAGCUGAAAUGUGGGGUUCAGGACAGCUCUGACUGGACAUAUACAUGGACCAGAGGAGGACAGAAGGUUGGACCAGACCAGACUGUCUCCAUCAACUCAGAGGGAGCUUCUCUCUCCAUCGUCUCUGCUGAACAGAAACACUCUGGAGAGUACAGCUGUUUGGGACAACACAAGACCAGGCCUGUGACCACUGAAUCCAGCACAUCAGUCUCUCUGACUGUGUAUGCAUCCAAGCCCAAGCCCCAGUUGAGCCAGGAUCCAGGUUUUGAGGUGAUGUAUGUUGGAGAGUCGGUCACCUUCACCUGUAAAGUGGAUGUCUCCACUGGCUGGGAAUAUCUGUGGUACAAAGACUCCCAAAGAACACCACUGCCCAUCUCAGACACCAGUCAGAGCAGUUACACCAUCAAGACUGAACUGGGGGAUGCUGGAACAUACUGGUGCAGAGUCAGAAGAGGCAACCAUCAGUUUCACUCAGAAUACAGUGUUGACAUCCCUCUGAAAACGCAAGCUGUCCCAGUCCCAUCCCUGAAGCUGCUGUCUGGAUGGCGGGAUGUGUUCCCCUCUGAGAGAGUGGAACUGAGAUGUGGGGUUCAGGACAGCUCUGACUGGACAUAUACAUGGACCAGAGGAGGACAGAAGGUUGGACCAGACCAGACUGUCUCCAUCAACUCAGAGGGAGCUUCUCUCUCCAUCGUCUCUGCUGAACAGAAACACUCUGGAGAGUACAGCUGUUUGGGACAACACAAGACCAGGCCUGUGACCACUGAAUCCAGCACAUCAGUCUCGCUGACUGUAUAUGAUGAGAAACCCAAGCCCCAGUUGAGCCAGGAUCCAGGUUUUGAGGUGAUGUAUGUUGGAGAGUCGGUCACCUUCACCUGUAAAGUGGAUGUCUCCACUGGCUGGGAAUACCUGUGGUACAAAGACUCCCAAGGAACACCACUGCCCAUCUCAGACACCAGUCAGAGCAGUUACACCAUCAAGACUGAACAGGGGGAUGCUGGAACAUACUGGUGCAGAGUCAGAAGAGGCAGCCAUCGGUUUCACUCAGAAUACAGUGUUGACAUCCCUCUGAAAACGCAAGUCCGUCCGUGGGCAGAGAUAACGUUGGAGACAGGUUGGACAGAUGUGUUCUACACUGAUAGUCUGGUACUGAGAUGUGAGAUCCAUCAGAGCAGUGACCAGUGGAACUACACAUGGCACAGAGAGGAGGUGUUUGUGGUUAACUCUGAGGACAGGAAGCACACUGUCACGCCCCAGGAGGACCCAGACCAGAGCCAGUACAGCUGUGAGGGCCAACGUGAAGGGAGGCCAUCUUACUCCACCCGCAGUGAAGCCUUCAAGACUCGGAAGUUAGCUCUGAAGAGGAAGGUUCUUCUCUCCAUCUCUGGCUGCCUCUUCUUCGGCCUCAUCAUUGUCUUCAUCGGAUGCAUCGGCCUACGUCUGACACGCAAACCAGUAGAAACUAAGAAAACCGAGACAGCAAACUUGUUCUUCUCCAUGGCUCAGCUACAAUCAAGCACUGAUACACCCAGUCCAUUGACUGAAUACAUCCUUGAGGCAGAUAACAAAGUUGAAAGUGAAGACAAAGAUAAAGUGGAGAUCUGCGAUGAGUCCACACCUCUUCCUAUAUUUUAUGAAAACGAGCAAGUGAUGUCAUCUCAGAACACUGACACACUGGCGGAAAACGGAGGUAUGGUCUCCUUCAUGUCUGGGGACAAUUGACAAUCCACAAUGCUCUACUCUCUCCUCCACUGCCCCCAUUCUUAAUAAUCACCUGGUUCGUUAGCUCUCCCAGCCUAACCUGUACACAUGAGCACUUUGUCUUCUGCUAGAACUGUAGGUCUUAGCGUUUUGAUUAGGAGAGUCCUUAUGUAUCUGAAUCAACUGGAAGAACUCAGGAAAAUGCUACGGUGAAUAUAUUGCGAAGGUGUAUUUAACGUUCUACCAUUGGCAAAAUACUUGUCCUGUCUUGUCUGGGUUAUGAAAAGUAUAUUUAAGUCUGAAGAUUAAAUAUUUCGUAUUGUUUUAUGAAGUGUCUUUCAGGUAUUUUGCAAUGUAUUUAUAUGAAUCCUAAUUCAAUU